GGGUUAUACAAACAAUGGCCAGAGUUUGGGAUUUAUUCAUUCCAUGACUAAUCUUAGCCACAAUUGAAGCAACGAAGGCUAAUGUCGAUAACAAAAUCCAGAAAGUUUACUCAGUGCAGUAUCUGGAGAGUAUCAGCAGUAAUUACCCCUUUACAAUCGUAUUUGUGGGUAAUAUAGAGCAAGGAGAUAGAUAUUAUGAGAAAUUUAAAGAGUUUGUUGAUGAAUACUCAAAAGUACCUAAAAUACAGUUUGUUGCUUUGAAUAACCAGACUUUUCAAACAUCAAUUUUCUCUGAUUUCAACAAGGAGGAUCCAUUCUCAUUGUAUAUUAUCAAGCAAGGCGGAAGGGCUUUUCGAUAUAAUUCAGAAGAGUUUGAUUUGAAUAGGGUUACAUCCUUUUGAAGUAAAAUUAUUUCAAAAUAAUCUUGAUAUGGUUCCAAGUCACAAGCAGAAAUGACUUCUUCCUCCGUUUACCCAAAAAGAUUUUGACGAGAUUUAUGAAGAAGCUGGGGCAUAUAUUGUCAUAAAUGAAGUAGACUCUACUACUCUUCAUGAAAAGCUUGAAAUAGGAUGAUUGAUAUUAGAUGCUGUUUAUAGCACUGGAGCCAAACUCUCUGCUUUCUUUAUCAAUGAAAAUACUCCUAGAGCUGAAUAUUUCAGCACAUUUCCUCCAUUCAAGCCUUCAGUAAAGAGAGAUACUUUGAACACAAGAGUGUACAUAAUAGACACAUCGACAUUAAAUGGGGAUAGAAUGGUUAGAAGCUACCCUCCUGGAAAAGAGUAUACUUCUGAAGGCAUCAAGCAGUUCAUCGAGCAAUUUAUCCAAGAUAAGCAAGAUGAUUUUGAUUAUGAACUUGAUCUCUAA